AUGGCAACCACAACAAAUAAUACCAUAUCAUUUUUACCACGUAUAAAACAAGAGUUAAAUCAUUUUGAAAAGGAUCCCCCUCCUGGUAUCCAAGCAUGGUUAAUAGAAAAUAAAUUAAAUAGCUUGGAGGCAAUGAUUAUUGGACCAGAGGAGACACCAUAUUAUAAAGGUUUAUUUAAAUUAGAGAUAUCAUUACCAAGCAGGUACCCAUUUGAACCACCUCAAAUUAAAUUUUUAACACCAAUAUACCAUCCAAACAUUGAUACAAACGGCAGAAUUUGUUUAGAUAUUUUAAAAAUGCCUCCAAGUGGUGAAUGGAAACCUUCUUUAAAUUUAUUAACAAUUUUAACUUCAAUUAGAUUAUUAAUGUCAAAUCCAAAUCCAUAUGAUCCUUUAAUGCAAGAUAUUAGUGAAAUUUAUAAAAAUAAUUACAAUCAAUUUUUUAAAAAUGCAGAACAUUGGACAACAAAGUAUGCCACAAAAAACAUUGAAGUAGAGGAUGAUGAAAAAAUAUAUAAAAAAAGAAUAAGAGGAGAUGAAGUCUCUGAAGAAGAACCAACCGCAAAAUCUUUGAAAAAAUUACAAAAUAAUACCUUAAAUAAUAAUAAAAAUAAUAAUAAUAAUAAUAAUAAUAAUAAUAAUAAUAAUAAUAAUAAUAAUAAUAAUAAUAAUAAUAAUAAUAAUCAAAAUGAUAAAAGUAAUGAUAAUAAUAAUAAUGAUGAAAAAGAUCAGUUGGGUAAAAGAUUAUCGAAUCAAAAUAAUAUUAAUAUUAAAAUAAGUAAUAGUACACUAAAAAAAGAAGAGAUUAAAAAUGAUAAUAUCAAUACAACUGAAAGGGACAAUGAUCAGAGUGAUGACGAUGAUGAUAGUUGGAGUUAA